UUGGUACUGGUUUGCGCGUGUCCCUUCCUGCUCUGCAUGUACAUUUACACGCACACCUUUUCUCUCUCUCCAUUUCCUCUGAGAAAAUCUUUCAUUUUUUUUGAAACGGUACAGAUUAAGAUUCCCUUUCCUGCUUCUUACACCUUUCCCAAACACCCAAAAUAAUAAUAAAAUAACAUGGUAAUAAUGAAUAAACAAUGACUUUCUCGCGUUUCGCACGAAGCAAACACACACUUAUGAAUGUGUAUUCGCUCAAGUUUCAAACUUUCAUAUGUCAGACAGAAGAUGGUGCCAACAAACACUGAACUCCAACUGAGAGAACUUGCAACCUUGUACUGUUCAUCACUAUUCCUCCCACUACACUUCCACAUUCUGAUACUAAGCCAGUGAAACCCAACUCAAAUAACAUAUCAGAAAUGGUCUGCAAGUUUGCCAAAGUUUGUAGAUUGAAGUCUAUUGGGGUGUUUUCCUCUGAAAUCCCCAAUCUCCCUCACUUGCACAGACCCAUUUGCAAUGAGACUCCUUUGAGUGAAAACAGUAAUGAAGAGAGCAAAUGCUAUCACCAGAAAGUGCACCCCCACCCCAUUGAACUGCCAGCCAAGGAGAAGGCUUGUGCUGGUUUGGAGGUCACGAGGAAGAUAUUUGAUGCUGUUUCAGCUCUGAAAUUGGCAUACCUUCAGCUUCAGCAGGCGCAUAUCCCUUAUGACCCUCUGAAAAUAGUUGCUGCUGAUGACCUGGUUGUUGCUGAGCUUGAGAAGAUUUGCAAGUUCAAGCGCGAAUACACACAGAAACAUUGCAAGAAAGCAAGGUUCAAUGCCUCUCGUUCUGCUGCCAUAAUGGCUGAGAUUGUGGCCAAGGAAGCACUGUUGGGGAAGCUUAAGUCUCAAAACAGUGCCAAAGAUUCUGAGAUUGUCCGGUUGCGGCGCCAGCUGCUGGAUUUAGAGAUAGGGAAUAAAAAUCUCACAGAGAAGAUCAAGCAGAUAAGUUUGGAGAAAAGGAGGGCAGGUUUUUUUAGUGUUACUGAGUUUCAGGAUAUCUUCAAGGCUGCUUCAAAGUCCAUUCAUGAUUUUGCAAAACCAAUGAUUAGCUUGAUGAAAGCUUCGGGUUGGGACCUUGAUAGGGCUGCAAGUUCUAUUGAGAAUGGUGUUGUUUAUUCCAAAAGGUGUGACAAGAAGUAUGCUUUUGAGUCAUACAUUGCUCGCAGAAUGUUUCAUGGUGCUGCUUUAACAUCUUAUGAUGUGAGUGAUAUUAUGAAGUUUGAUGACCCUUUUGAUGCACUGAUGGAGAAUCCACAUUCACAUUUUGCCAAAUUUUCUCAAGAAAAAUACCUUCUCGUUGUGCAUCCCAAAAUGGAAGAGUCAUUCUUCGGCAAUUUGGAUCACCGGACGUUUAUAAUGAGUGGCAAGCACCCUAGAACUGAGUUCUAUCAAUUGUUUGCUAAGAUGGCAAAAUGGGUUUGGGUUUUACUUGGAUCUGCUCGGUCUAUAGAUUCUGCAGCAACCCUAUUUUCCGUGAACAGAGGAAGUGCGUUCUCCAACUUGUACAUGGAAUCUGUUGAAGAAGAAAAGGAGAGUGCAAUGGUUUCAGAUGAAGAAAGAACGACCCACAAAGUUCAAUUCAUGAUCAUGCCAGGGUUUAAAAUUGGAAAGAUGGUGGUGAAGUCCCGAGUUUAUGUGUCAAAAUGUUCAAGCUAAAUGGUGGCCUUUUUAACUGGUAAUUCAGCUAACAGAACCACUUAAAUUUUGUACUAGAGUUAUUUGAAUGGUACCUUAGCUAGUCAAGAUAACCAUGACUACUAGGUAAUGCUAGAACCUUAAACCAUCAGCUCUGUGUUGUAAUCUUUUCUAUUAAUUAGAGACCUGAUAUUGCUAGUAGCUACAGUGGUCUUAAAUUUCCUUACUGCUCUGUAUUUUUCGUUUUAACCUUUCAAAUUUCUCUAUAAACUGUAAAUAGGUGUUCAUGUAAAA